AUGUCCGGUGAAGAAGAAGAGAACGCCGCCGAACUCAAGAUCGGAGAUGAGUUUUUGAAGGCAAAGUGCUUGAUGAACUGUGAAGUCUCUUUGAUCCUUGAACACAAGUUUGAACAGCUUCAACAAGUUUCCGAGGAUCCUAUGAAUCAAGUUUCUCAAGUGUUUGAGAAGUCCCUGCAAUAUGUCAAACGAUUCAGCCGCUACAAAAAUCCAGACGCUGUUCGACAAGUUCGAGAAAUACUGAGCAGACAUCAACUCACUGAGUUUGAGCUCUGUGUUCUUGGCAAUCUCUGUCCUGAAACUGUUGAAGAAGCAGUGGCAAUGAUUCCUUCUGUUAAGACAAAAGGAAGAGCUCAUAAUGAUGCCGCAAUUCAGAAGAUGCUCGAUGAUCUUUCCCUCGUCAAGAGAUUUGAGUAG